AUGAAAUUUUCGUCUUAUUCAAAUUAUUACAAGGAAAAGAAGAAGCUCAGUCAUCCGGCAUUGAUCAAAUGGAUCAAAGAGGAGAGAAAGAACCAAUUGCCACCUCCUCCGAAAACAACAACAAAAAAUAAUCGAGAGGAUGGUGAUGACCUUUGUCGAAAAUGUUUUCCGAACGGCCUUCAAGAUGACAAAGAAAAUGUUCUGAAAGAAGAAGAAUUAAAUGAUUCGAAAAGAGUUCGAUUUUCAAAGAAUUCUGAAGAAACAUCGCAACAACAUUUUAAUAAUUUAACAAAUUCAACAUUGAUAAAUAACAAGUUAGAUCUUCAUAGAAAAGUAAUAUUCAUGCAUCAUUCCAAGAAUGAAAAAUCUGAUGAAAUGAAAGAUUUAUCGGAUGAACAUCUUUUCGGAAAAGUGCACUCAUUACUGUCAUCCAUCAAAUCCAAUAGAGUCGAACAGCAACCCAAAACCACAAACAUUAGAUCAUCGACUGAGUUUGAGGAACAACCUCGAAAUUGUUUGCACGUCUCGCCGUCUUCUCUUUUCCUAGACGGACUUCCAAUACAAACCCCUAACUUUUCAAAUACACUUCCCUCCACCUCAACAGAAUUCUCCUCAAACGUGACUCUUUCAGAGGCAUCUAGGCAAAUACAAAGCAUGUAUAAUCAGAUUACAUCAAUAUAUGGUAGUGAGCCACUAAGACAGCGGCAGAUUAUCUUCGAAAAGCCCAUUCAAAAUCUAGAAAACGAAGAACGUGACGUGUCAUCAACAUUAAAUUAUUUAAAGGAAAAGCAAAAAACGUUAAGGAUCACAAGAUUGCAAGAAAUACGAUAUAAUAUUGAUCUUGAGAGGUCAGAAAUGGUAAAACAUCAAAAAGUGCAAGAUCUGAAAAAGAGAAUUAAUGAUCUUCGCAAGAAAAUAACGUUAGAGCGUGAAAAGGACACCUUAUUUAGAAAACAGAGGCUGAAAGAAAUCAAUAGGCUUCGUACCACAGUCAAAAAUUCCACAAGGGCAAAUGAAAAAACCAAAAUGUUCAUUACGGCUCUAAACGUAAAUCAAGAUAAUUACAGAUAUCAAGUUGCAAUUUAUGAAGGAGAAAUAGCGACUUGCUUGGCCAAAUUAUUUUUCUACUAUUUGAAAUUAGACUGCUCGACCAGCAAAUACAGACAAGAAUUGAUUGCGAAAAUGCAUGAUGAAGUUUAUGAAGGUUUGGCACGAAACAGUUUGUUGGCUCUUCGAAACUUUGCUAAAAAGAGCAUUGAUCUAAGACGGCGAUAUGAGAAAAUUUCCUCUUAUGUGAAAACAAGAAAACGAGCUGAAGUAAUACAUCAAUGGAGGAUUAGAACCAAAGAUUGUAUUGAAGACAAGAAAAAAGAGGAGAUUGCACUGACUCAUUAUUACAAUGGUCUUCAAAAAAGAGCCUUCAAUAGCUUGGUGUAUAUCAUUACAAAACAACUCUUUAAACAAUGUGGAAAAGAUCUUGCACACAUGUGGAAAGACAGGCAAACUCUCGGCAAGGCAUUUCAUGGAUGGAGGCACAUGGCAGAAAAGACCAAAUAUCUAAAACACGGCUUAUUGAGGUUUGCUGUUGCUGACUCUUUCGAAGAUUUGGAUCGUUUCAAAACGGAGCAUGAACUAGAGUCCUAUCGAUCUUACAAUAUCAGACUCAAUUUUCGAACAAAAAUAACAAAGAGUCUGAUUCAAGUGUACAGAGAAAAGAAGAAACUGUUGAACGAGUUCGAAAACCGUCCAAAACUGAUUUAUGUGGAUAGAAAUCCAGCCAAAUUAAUUGAUUUAUCAACAAUUUACAAAAUCGAGAAGUCAGAAGAGCAAAACUCUUUCUAUAGACACUACCAUGCUUUUAAAAAAGAACAUGAAGAUUAUGAACGGUCUCUUGAGCUAGACCUUAAACCUUUUGAAAAGACCUCCAUUCCUGAUUUAACUCAAAAGGUGUGGGAAUUAAGACUCAAGAAGAAGGCGUUGCAACAUUGGCGACUAGUGUUCUUUGAAAAAGUACUUCACCAAAGAGCAGAAACGUAUCAUAGAGACGUGUUGUUAAGAAAGGCCUUUUAUUCUCUCGCAUAUAACAAGGAAGAUGCUCACGAGAAAAUAUCUACCGUUCGAGAAAUGAGUAACAAACAUUUGGUUUUAAGCUUUUUUUCAAGAUGGAAGGAGGCAACAAAUCGCAUCAUCUCUGAAAAGGAUUGUAUCGCUGAAGAAUACCACAAUAUCACUAUUAUGAGAAAGGUUUUUAAUGCGAUGAAACAGUCAUGUUUACCUGAUUACAACACUGAUUUACUUGAGAGAUUAGUGACGUGGAGAAUGAAAGAAAAAGAAAAAACUCUAAAAAAGUGGAAAAUUAUGCUACUUGUCAAGAAGAGUAAGGAAAAAUUUGAACAAGCUGUCAGUGAUCAGUACAAAAUGACUCUACUCCACAAAUUAAUGGUUCAUUGGAAAAAACGAACACAAAAACAACAAUUACUCCGUAAGGUAUUAACAGCAGCUGUUGAACGCAUGCGAGCCAAGACUAGAGUAUUUGAAAACAAAAAACUCUUAGGAAAGUAUGUAUUGAAAUCGCUGAAAAGGCACAAAGAUACCCAAAAAGAAAGGAAAAAACAGUUCAACAUGUUUAUGUUGGCCAAAAAGACAUAUGACUCCAGUUUAAAACAAAAAGUAUUCAUUCUGUGGAGACUUAAAUAUAACAUUGAGCUUGAAAAGAGAGAAAUUAUGGAAAACGAAGAGGAACAAAUCAAAGGAGCACUUGCAUCAGAGCAUUAUCGAAAGAGGAUGACAAGAAAAAUUUUGCAUGCUUGGAAAGAAUAUACCAUUGAAACGAAAUUUGUGGACAUUAUUCUCCAGAGAAAAGCAUUCAAUCAAUGGAGACGAUUUACUUUGGAAUCUAAAGAGCGAUCGAUUGAGGAGCCAAACAAGUUUUUGAGGAAAAUCAUGUUCAGAAGGUGGAAAUUAGCAACCAUUGAACACAAAGAGACAAGAACUUUGAAUGCCUUGGCUGACCGAUACCGUCAUCGAAAUUUGUGUAAGAAAGGCAUGCAAUCUCUGAAGGAAUUUAUCAUUCAUCGCAGAAUAGAACAUGUACAAUUGAUUCGCUCCAAACAAUAUUAUAUUGACACACUGAGGAGAAAAGUGAUCAUUUCACUUUUAAUGAACAUCAAUGAAAAGAAGGAAAAGAGAAGAAAGAAGGAUAAGGCCGAUCUGUUCUAUCACAAAAAGCUCAUUCAAUCCAAUCUAAAUGCACCUUUGAGUUUAGAACGAUUUCUCAGACUUCCUCCAGAUUCUCCACUCAAUGUCGCUACCACUCUCAAUAUUGUGUAUUACAAAAUUUUAUUUAAGACCAUUGAUUCUUGGAAGAUGUUUAUGAAAAUUGAGAAAGAAAAAAGGUUACGAUUGGCGAGAGCUGUUCAUGCACAUUCCACGAAUUUGAAAUUCAAAUUCUUUGAUUUGUGGAGAAGAAACAGCAAACUUGUGAGUCACAGAGCACCCAAAGUCAGCACUGAGUCAUUGAGGAGAGAGAAUACUUCUUCCACUGCUCUUUCCUUGAAUUGGCAGAAACCCUUGUCUUUUGAGAAAAUGGCAGCAUCACCCAUCCUUUGCAAUGUGACAACGACUCCAAACAAUGAUCUCCCAAGCAAGGUCUUAAUUCAUCAUCAUCAUUACUUGAUAGCUUCAGACUCUGACUCUGAUGAUAUUAUUGAAUAUUUGGAAAUGACUGAUCCUUGA